UUUUGGGUUUAAAAAUAGAAGAACAAACGUUUAUGUUUUGUUUUGGUGCUUGCUGGGUUCCGAUGGUGAAUUUGUAGUGUUUCUCAGAUUAUACUGUGGAGUGUAGAGUAGUAAAAUUAGUUUCAAGAAAUACUGAAGUUUGUUGUUGUGGUUUUGAAUUUCGAUAGUUAACAGUACCUAUAAAAGCCAUGGUUUUUGGUCUCUUCCCGGUUGAUCCCUCCCCAGGUGAAAAUAAAUACUAUAUCACUGCAAAGGGUUCGUUCAAAGUGGGUCGCAAAGGGUGUGAUAUAAUUAUCACCAAGGACAAAGGUGUUUCUCGGGUACAUGCAGAAAUAUUUGUUGAGGAGAUGGCUUCUGCUAAUCCCCUGAAGACUUCUAGUUUGUCCAACAAAGUUCGAAUUAAAGAUUGCUCAAAGUACGGAACAUUUAUUAACAAGAGCCUUGGGUCAAUGGAGAAAGUCCAUGAGUUCCCACGAAAAGAAACAAGUUUAACAGAUGGGAACCUGAUUUCAUUUGGAACUGGUAAUGCAACGUACAGGUUUUCUUUUGUUCCACUGAUUAUUUGGGUCUACUCUUUGGAACCCAACCAAGCGAAUCAACCCCUCAAAGAUAAACUUUCAUCAAUAGGUGCUGAUAUUACUUACAGUUUCCAUCAAAAGUGCACCCAUAUACUUGUUGAAGAUGAGCUGACUCCUCUUAGAGAAGAGUUACUAGAUGCUAUUGUGGCAAAGAAAGCUUGUGUUCGGAUUAGCUGGGUUGAGAGAGUUGCAGAAGAAAAGAUUUGCAAUGAAAUCCCUAGCUGCAGCAACCAUACUCCAACUCUCUCAGUGGAAGGUGUAUCAGUCAAACUUGCAGACCAGGGAACUCGUGAAAACUGUAUGGAAGGAUACACGUUUGUGUUGGACUCGAUAAACAGUUAUAAAUACCGGAAUCAGUUGCGGUCCCUCUUAGAACUAACUGGAGCAAAGAUUCUUUCCAUUGAAGGGUUUAGUUCAAGCAGUCAAGAGUCGAAGCAUGAAGAGAACAGUUAUGUUGUUUGUGUCAUCCCUGGAGGGUCACCCUACAAAUUUGAUUGCUUCAAUAAACUCAAUGCAGUAUCUAGUGUGAAGGAAAUAGACUUGAUACGUGCCAUUUUAACUGGGACGUUGGAUCGAUCCAUUUUAAUAUCACCUUGCCUAGUUGUAUCAUCCUCAUGCUCCACAGAUGAGACAAUUGUAGAAGAUUCUGAAGCCGAAGUUGAAGCUGUAACAUCAUCGGUCCAUGCAACUGCUGCUGCACAUUCCGAAGAAGUCAUGGAAAUUGUGACACCAGUUCCUCCAAUGACUGCUGCUGCACAUUCCGAAGAAGUCAUUGGAAUUGUAACACCAGUUCCUCCGAUGACUGCUGCAUGUGCAGAAGCAGUCAUUGAAACUGUAGAUAACAUGGAUGGACAGAAGGAUUGUGCUGUGAAAAAUAAUAUAUCAAGUUUUAGGGGCAGUAGUGCCAUUAGUCAUGUCAAAAAUGACAGGGUUAGCGAGGCUGAAGGUGAAAACUUGGAUAUUAUUUACAGUCAGAAUUUAAUUGUAAGAGAUAUGAUCCCUUCUUCUACCAUCAGCCGUACUGUAAACAAUGAAGUUAUAAAUUUCAAGCGCUUUAGAAAGAGAGAUACUGAAUCUGGGAAUAGCUUUCACAACCUGAUUCCGUUCUCAAAGUAUCCAUACAAAGAAUCUGACAAUGGGAAUGAGGAAAUGACUGAGUUUGUGAAAGAAGAGAAAAGAAGAAAGCAGAUGGAAGCAGUUGCCGAUGACUUAUUUAACAACGAAAGGGGAAGGCGUCGUGGAGCUGCAGGUUCAAUUCAGGGACUUUUGACUCAUCGCUAGUAAAAGUGAACGGCUUCCUCAUAGAAGAAAUAUAAAGGUACAAACCUCCCUUGAAUAUAUAAGUUAUUCAGUCAAUGAAGUAUGAUGGAAUUGGUCUUCAAAAACUCUCCUGUCCCAAAGAGAUCCUGCUUUUGUGUGGUUUGAAAGUCGAAAGUAACGAUUAUCAUCGAUUUGUGUCAAUGCAUCUUCACAACCAUUAGCAGCUCUCUUUUAAACCUUCCUUUGGUAUAAGGGCUUCAACUGCAUACUUCAAUUAAAUAUGUAUAGCGUUGCCCUUUGUCCAAAAUAUGUAUAGCUUCACCAAAUAGGACUUGUUAAACUCAGAUUAUUGUUGGCAUUGUACAAGUCAAAGCAAAAUUUUUGUGAGAAAUGAAGAUAAGUCCUUUUUAGUCAA